CAGUGUAGAGUGACCGGCGCUACACUCCCCUCACUAAGCCUUUCCCUGCCAGGCUGUUCUCAUCCCUCUGCAUCAGUUGCCCUCACUUGCCACUUGAGUCUUUCCCCUCGGCAGGCUCGUCCCACGCUCAGAGUUCAGAGUUACAACAUCCUUUUUUCUGUUUAGUGAGAAGUAACAAAAAACAGGCAAGAUGGAGGCCAUUAAGAAAAAAAUGCAAAUGUUGAAACUGGAUAAAGAAAAUGCCAUCGAUCGGGCCGAGCAGUCAGAGGGGGACAAGAAAGGGGCAGAAGAUAAAUGCAAACUGCUAGAAGAAGAGCUACUGGGCCUGCAGAAGAAGCUGAAGGGCGUGGAGGAUGAGCUGGACAAAUACUCAGAGUCCCUGAAGGACGCGCAGGAGAAGCUGGAGCAGGCCGAGAAGAAGGCAACAGACGCUGAGGCGGAGGUGGCGUCCCUGAACAGGCGCAUCCAGCUGGUGGAGGAGGAGCUGGACAGAGCACAGGAGAGGCUGGCCACUGCCCUGCAGAAGCUGGACGAGGCGGAGAAGUCUGCAGAUGAGAGUGAACGAGGAAUGAAGGUGAUAGAGAACAGAGCCACAAAAGACGAGGAGAAAAUGGAGAUCCAGGAGAUGCAGUUAAAGGAGGCCAAACACAUCGCUGAGGAGGCUGAUCGCAAAUAUGAAGAGGUGGCUCGCAAAUUAGUGAUCCUGGAAGGAGAUCUGGAGCGCUCUGAGGAGCGGGCUGAGGUGGCCGAGGCAAAAUCGGGUGACCUUGAAGAAGAGCUGAAGAACGUCACCAACAACCUGAAGUCCCUGGAGGCCCAGGCUGAGAAGUACUCACAAAAGGAAGACAAAUACGAGGAGGAAAUCAAAGUCCUAACAGAUAAACUGAAAGAGGCUGAAACCCGUGCUGAGUUUGCUGAGAGGUCUGUUGCCAAGCUUGAAAAGACUAUUGAUGACUUGGAAGAUGAAGUCUAUGCCCAGAAGCUGAAGGGCAAGGCCCUGAGUGAGGAGCUGGACCUGGCUCUGAAUGACAUGACCACCUUGUAGAUUCAUCUUCACCUCCAAGCUUCCCUUUGCCAAAUCCAAAGCCAUCUCCUCGGAUAGGAAUAUUACAGUUCAAGUAUGGAUCGCAAUCCUGACAUAGUAGUAGAUUUAACGAACUACUUAUUAACCGCUGCCGCCUUAAUGUUUUCAGUGGUACCUCAAUGCUCUUCUGAUAUCCCAGUAACAUCUAUAAAUAUGUACUUACAUUUAAUGUAUUUCCUGUAAUCACCGCUUCCUUUAAUAAAGAUCAUGAAGAAUUCUCUUGAUUAUUCCAGAUUGUGAAGGUACAUUUUAGAAAACACCAUGACUUACUGCUAGGAUCUGAAGCGAACAGAGCUGGCUUGGUCAAGCUUUGGAUGGGAGACCCGUUGGAGCGUGUAAAUGUGUUGCAGGGCCAGCAGGGGGCACUCAUCCCUCUGGCCUAUAUCCCCAAUACCCGAAGAUAGAAUUGUAUUGGAUGCUGUUUGUAAACUUUUGCUGCAGAAAAACGUGCUUCACUUGUUUCAGAUUUAGCUAAAGCUUUGCUUAAUUUUUCCUAGAUUUAGUAAAUAAACAA